UCUUUGUCCUGUUUCCAUGCACCUGCUUAAGAAAAUUAAAAAAGUGAUUACCCUGUCAUUGUUUGUCGCAGCCAAGGUCCUCAAGACCAACUGGAGGAGAAUCAGAGAUAAUUAUGAGCACUGCAGACCUCAGAGGGAAACGCGUAGCAUCUCCAAAAAGCGUGCAAGCUGCACUUCCAUGCAUGCCCAGGAGUUGACUUUUUUGGAUCCCAUCCUUGAGAUGCCGAGCACUCAACGCAGUUUGAAGGCCCUUACCGGAUACGCCGAAGAAAUGGACAACCCCAACCCUGAAAAACCCAAAGAAGAAGUGGCUCAACCACGUCAAGAACGACUCAGGAAAAGGCCCUCAACUCAACAACCAGCUGCCCAAAGCAGCCCCUAUCGCAGCGGUAAUACACUACCAAAGCCGGAUGAGGAGGAUGAGGAGGAUAAGGAUAUCUUUCCGAUUCUAAGGAAUGUGGCAGAAAUAAAUCAAAGCAACCUGAGCCCCAAUGCCCAUUUUUUACUAGGCCUAUUGCCCUUAGUGGAUGAGGUUCCCAGUAAGGAUCAGGUCUCGAUGAAAAUUUUGAUGUUAAAAACAAUUGGGCACUACCUCCCCUCCUCCUCGUAUUAUGCUUCCAUCCAAAGGCAAGCCACUAUUAACCAAACCACAGUACCCCGCUACACCCUCCCCCCUUCCAGUGCCCCUUACCCACAUCCAUGGACUUCCACUCAAGGCCAACGCCCAUCCACUCAACCAAUGCGCCCAACAACUACCGCAAACUACUCCUCCAGCUACAGUUAUCUCCCCAAGGCCUAUCAACCUUCUGCUCCCCUGCCUCCACAUGCUGCUCCCUCAACCAACACUAGUGGCAACUAUGCUCAAGUCCCAAGAGAAGGCUAUGCUUCAUUGCAAUAUGCCUACAAUUGGAUGUAAAACAGGGCAAUGCUUAGGGUAGAGUGUUGUUCUAUGACCACAUUUGGAUCAACCACUGUUGUACUGUUGCUUUAUGUUAAUUUUUUACGCUAUCUUGGUGCCAUGAGUACGUCUUUUGGUAGGGCACUAUUCUGUGAUCCUACAAAUGGUGUGCCCACGUUGGCCUCCUCGAUUUAUGUUGAUUACAAGUUAUCAGGGAUGGACUGGCCAUUGGGACUACAGGGAGUUUCCCGGUGGGCCGAUGGCUCAGUGGGCCGGCUUC